AUGCAGGACGCCAAGCAUAUUUCAUCUCCUGUUGCCAGUGGACGUCGUCUUAGCCUUCAUGAUGGUGUUCCAUUGGAUGAUCCUUCUGAGUACCGUAGUGUCGUUGGUGCCUUGAAAUAUCUCACUCUCACACGCCCUGAUAUUGCCUUUAUUAUGAACCACAUCUGCCAAUUUAUGCGCCAACCUACCUCUGCUCAUUGGGUUGCUGUCAAAUGUAUUCUUCGCUAUCUUAAUGGUACUUCCACUCAUGGCUUGUUCUAUAAACCUGGUUCCCUGUCUUUAAUGGCUUAUUCUGAUGUGGACUAUGCCGGUGAUCUUGAUGAUCGUCGCUCCACGGGUGGCUACUACUUGUAUGUUGGGUCUAAUUUAAUUUCAUGGAGUUCUAAAAAGCAAGGAGGUGUUUCUCGCUCCAGCACUGAAGCUGAGUACCGCCAACUUGCUUAUACCGCUGCUGCGAUUUCUUGGUUCUGUGCACUAUUCCGAUAUUUGCAGCUUUCUCUUUCCUGUCCUAAACUUUGGUGUGACAACAUUAGCGCCAUCUCCUUGGCCUCCAAUCCUGUCUUCCAUGCGCGUACUCGUCAUGUUGAAGUCGAUUAUCAUUAUGUUCAUGAAAAGGUUGUGCGGCAGGAGCUUGACGUUCGUUAUCUUGCUACUCAUGACCAAAUUGCCGACAUUUUUAUGAAGGGGUUGUCUAUUCCACGUUUCCAGCUGCUGACCUCCAAGCUUCUACAUGGACGUGUGGAUUCAUUAGGAGCAAACUUAAUAGAGGCUAUGAUGGUAUAUAAUCCACGAAGAAGAUUGACGAUGCAAAGCGCUUUGAAUCACCCUUAUUUCAAUGAUUUAGACAAGGAUGCGUGGUAG